GUCUUCGAGUCUGUGUGCAGUCUGUGGGUGUGGGUGUUUGUCUCUCUCCCGUAUCCGCCUUCUCUCCUCUUCUUAUGCAUCCUGGAGCCCUUUGCUUCUGCCUCCACCACAACCACCACCACCACCUCCCCCCUGCAGCCCUGCCCCUUCCUGUCCCAGCCCCCCUUGCCCAAGGUGGGGGGGGGGUUGCCCAGAUUUGCCCUCCAGGAGCCACCUCAAGCUCAGAGCUCUCUCUGAGGGGAGAGCUCCACCCUCCUUCCCUCCCUCCGUUCCUCCCUCCCUCCUUCCUUCCCUCUUUCCUCCCUCCCCAGGGGCUGUCGUGCCAGGGGGUGGGACAUGCCAAUCAACAACCGUUCUUCUCCUGCUGCCAGCACAGGACGAAGCUCCCCGGGGGAGCCAAGUGUCCUGGUCCCUCGAGAGGACGCUGUCCCCCUGGGGAGGGAGUGGGACUGGAGACCCUGGAAGACCCCUACUCCCACGCACACCCCCAUGGGUUCCUUGUGUCAAGCUAAGCCCACCUGCCUGUGGCCCCCACCAGGAUGGACUGACCCAGACAGCCUGGCAGAAGGAGGAACCAAACCUCAAGGUGCUGGUGUUGGCCUGAGGGAGCCCAGCAGUGGCCUCCCCACCCCAAGGAAUCUCGAGCCCAGGGAAGGGGCUGCCCCCUGAGCCAGGGGAGGAAGGUCCUCCUCCCCCAAGCCGGAUCUGCAUCUCCCAUGUGGCCCAGCACACCGCUGACAUGAAUGUCUCCGUAGCCCCCGCCGUGAGCCCCAACAUCACUGUCCUGGAGCAAGUGAAGGGUCCGUGGCAGGUGGCCUUCAUCAUCCUCACCACGGGCCUGCUCUCGCUGGCCACAGUGACCGGCAACCUGCUGGUGCUGAUAUCCUUCAAGGUCAACAGUGAGCUCAAGACGGUCAACAACUACUUCCUGCUCAGCCUGGCCUGUGCCGACCUCAUCAUCGGUGUCGUCUCCAUGAACCUCUACACCACCUACCUGGUCAUGGGGCACUGGGCCCUGGGCACGCUGGCCUGCGAUCUCUGGCUGGCCCUGGACUACGUGGCCAGCAACGCCUCGGUCAUGAACCUGCUGCUCAUCAGCUUUGACCGCUACUUCUCCGUCACGAGGCCGCUCAGCUACCGCGCCAAGAGGACCCCGCGGCGAGCGGCGCUGAUGAUCGGCCUGGCCUGGCUGGUCUCCUUCGUGCUCUGGGCCCCAGCCAUCCUCUUCUGGCAGUACCUGGUGGGCAAGCGGACCGUGAAGGCGGGCCAGUGCUACAUCCAGUUCCUCUCCGAGCCCAUCAUCACCUUCGGCACGGCCAUGGCCGCCUUCUACCUCCCCGUCACUGUCAUGUCUGUGCUUUACUGGCGCAUCUACCGCGAGACUGAGAACAGGGCCAGAGAGCUGGCCGCGCUGCAGGGCUCCGAGACCCCGGGGAAGGGGGUAGGCGGAGGCAGCAGUAGCAGCUCCGAGCGCUCCCAGCCGGGCCCCGAAGGCUCCCCCGACGCGCCCGCGAGGCGCUGCUGCUGCUGUUGGGGACCCCGGCUCCUUCCUUCCUACAGCUGGAAAGAAGAGGAGGAAGAAGAGGAGGACGAAGGCUACCUGGAAUCUCUGACGUCCUCCGAGGGAGAGGAGGCGGGCUUCGAGGUGGUCAUCAAGAUGCCCAUGGUGGGGCCCGAAGCCCAGGCUCCCGCCAAGCCGCCCCCUCGGGCGUCCCCCCAGACAGUGAAGCGCCCCACCAAGAAGACUCGUGAGCGGGUGGGCAAGGAGCCCAAGAGGAAAGGCAAGGAGCAGCUGAGCAAGAGGAAGACCUUCUCGCUGGUCAAAGAGAAGAAGGCGGCCAGGACCCUGAGCGCCAUCCUCCUGGCCUUCAUCCUCACCUGGACCCCCUACAACAUCAUGGUGCUAGUGUCCACCUUCUGCACUGACUGCGUGCCCGAGACCCUGUGGGAGCUGGGCUAUUGGCUCUGUUACGUCAACAGCACCAUCAACCCCAUGUGCUACGCGCUCUGUAACAAGGCCUUCCGAGACACCUUCCGCCUGCUCCUGCUUUGCCGCUGGGACAAGAGGCGCUGGCGGAAGAUCCCAAAGCGCCCCGGCUCGGUCCACCGCACUCCAUCUCGGCAGUGUUGACGCCGAGGCAAGUCCAGGCCAGCCUAGCCACUCCUGUACUCGUGAGCGCGCACUCGCACACACAGCUUCCAAAUGUAAGAGAGCUGCCCGUCACCCCUCCAUCCCCUAUCGAUUCAACUCAACAAGCACUUAUCAAGCACCUACUGUGUACAGUUAUGCCUUGCGUGGCUCUGGGGCUACAAACACAAAAUGAAACUAUACAAGCCUUCAAGGAGCUUACAGUCGAAUAGGGAAGAUACAACUUGGACCCAAUUGAUCGCGAUAUACAGUUGAACGUGAUAGGGGCGAAGGAGAAAUCCAGACAGAAUGAUCCAAGAGUAUUUGAAAAGGGAGGCGAUGUUUGCAGCUAGGAGAAUCCAGAAGGCUUCGUGGAAGAGGCAGCACCGGUGUUGGAGACUCGAGGAAGCAGAGGAAGAUGGAGGAGCCGCUUCCCCGGGAACUUUUGUUCUCUUCCAGGGGCUGUCUAGCACCCCGCUCCUCUCCCAGGACCUGUUGAUCCCAAGGAGAAGGAAGCACCAGGGAAACAGGUUUUUCUGCUUUCCAUUUGGAAGGAAUGGACCGUGCACCAGGAAGAAGACGUGGGAGGAGGAUCUGGGCCUCGGAGUCCUUGUUUGUUUUCUGCGGAGAAGGCCCGAGCAGACCAGCAGAACAGUGGGGGGAAGAGCAAGUUUAUGAUGAGCACUUAAUAUGAAUGGUGCCCUCGGCCCACACCUGGGCUAAGGUGGCUUUGGAGGGGCGCGCCCUCUGGUGGCCAAACAGGAGAACUGACCCCAUAGAGAAGGAGAGGUGGUCCCUGGACAUCUUGGACCUGGGCUUUGAGAAUGGGCUGGGCAGAGAGCUGCAGCAAAGCAGGGCUGGCCCCACCCGGUGAGGUCAGACCACUGGGCAGCCUUCCCCAGCUUCCGUCCCCUGCUGAUGCCACCCCCAGCCGGACCCCAGAAUAAAGCCCAGCCUGGGGGUGGGAUGGGGCACAAACGGACGAGGAGAUUUGCUUUGGAGCUCUGGCCUGGGAUAAAGACAAGUCCUGGGCAGACUCUGGGGCCUUCCUUCCCCACCCCCUUGGAGGUCUUCUAGGGAAGGUUUUUUACUCUGCAGAUAUUGAUGUCUGAGGACAAAAUCUCUCGCAUGCUGCCCUUGCCACCCGUCCUGUGACGCCCUGCUUUCUGCUCUGCCUUCCCUCCCCAACUCCACCAACAACACUCACAGACACACACUCAGGUCUGGGCUCUCAGGCCAGGCCCACCCCCCAGACCCAGUGUUUCCUGCAUGGCCAUCCAGCCCCCACCCCCACCCCCUCCUCUGCCCAAACCCAUCUUGGCCCUGAAUGUUUGUGUUCUUCUAGUAUUUGGGGAAAGACACCUGUAAAUAAAGAGACAAAGAGCAGCAGCUAAUGGGCU